CAUGAGUCUCAUCAAGGAGUGGCAGGGAUAUGGAUCAACCCUCUUUGAUGUGGAGUGUGUAGAUGGUGUGUAUCCCGGAGAGCUAUGGUUGGGCGUGAGUCGUAAGGGAGUGUGUGUGUACAAGCGCGGGGAGGCGUGGCCUCUGGAGGUGUUUCCCUACGAGGUGAUUUUGUCCUUCGGUGCACCGCAGUCCAACAGCUACAAGAUCAGCGUGGAGGGACGAGAGCUGCUCUUCAACACCACCAUGGUACAAACUUUCCAUAUUUACUUGCAUGCUUCCACCAUAAACAACUCUAAAAUUUGUCAUUUAUAG